GUGUUUGUGGCCGGUUCACCCCUGGUGACCCGCCGGGUCAGGGACGUAAACCCGAAACUGACCCAUUUAUCCAGCAGGAGGCGGAUGGCAGAGUGGAAACCAAGGGGGAAGGGCGACCGAUGCUCCUCCGCUCUGCGAUAAAGAGGUUCGUCCGUCGCCCUCGGAUCCCAGACCCCAGGCGGCCCUUCUCGUCGUCCGUCAUCGACUCCAUCACCACGAGCAUCCGUCCCUUCCCGGACUAUUCCCCCAAGAAGCCCUCCAUCAGGGACUCCGAUCUCGUCCACCGCGUCACCACCGCGCUCAAGCAGCGCCGCUCAGAGCCUCUCCACCGUGUCCUCAGCCCCUUUGCCUCCCGCUUCCGCUCCGACCACCUCAUCUGGGUCCUCCCCCACCUCCGCUCGGACCUCGCCCCCGUCGUCUCCCUCCUCCGCUGGUACCGCUCCCGCAAGAACCUCAUUCCCACGGAGGCCCAGGCCAUCGCCGCCCACAUCGCCGUCGCCUCUGGGCACCGUGGGACCGCGCGCCAUCUCCUUUGUGAAGGCCUCGCCUCUCACAAGCAUUUCGUCGAGCAGGUCGUCUACACGUACAAGUAUUGGUGCUCCGACCCCUCCGUCUUCGACCUACUCUUCUGGGCGGCCCUCGAAAUCGAUAGGAUCGAUGAGGCCCGCAACCUCUUCUCCCAUCUGGUCAGUUACGGUAUUGUUGUCUCGGUCGACGUUUGCAAUGCCCUCCUUGCCCGCCUCCCGGUCGAUGACAUGCUGUGUGUUUUUGUACAAUUCCCUGUAUCCGGUGUUCAGUGGAACGCCAAGUCGUAUAAUAUCAUAAUUCACGGCCUUUGUAGCAUAGGAAAGGUCGGGGAGGCUCAUAGAAUCCUCCUGGAAAUGGAAGAGAAGGGUAGUGUCUCGCCAGAUGUUGUAAGUUACAGCACCCUCAUUGAUGGGUACUGCUGUGUUGGGGAAUUACAGAAGGCAAUGGAGUUGUUUGAUGAUAUGACUACAAAGGGACUGAAACCAAACUCUUUCACCUAUAACAGUAUCAUCACUCUCCUGUGUAAGAAUGGGAAAGUCGUGGAGGCAGAGAGGGUGCUUCUGGGAAUGGUGAAUCAUGGAGUAACUCCUGACACAGUCGUAUAUACUACUAUGAUUAAUGGCUUUUGCAAAAAUGGUAAUUUGCCUGCUGUGUAUCGGCUAGUAGGUGAGAUGAAGAAAAGUGGACUAGUUCCUGAUGCCAUGACUUAUACUGCUCUGAUUUAUGGGCUUAGCCGGAGUGGAAAGAUGGCCGAAGCUGAACAGGUUUUUCAGGAAAUGCUCUGUAAGGGGUUGAAUCCAGAUGAAGUCACUUACACUUCACUUGUAGAUGGAUACUGCAAGAAAGGAAAUAUGAAGGAUGCCUUCCGUCUCCAUAAUGAGAUGUUGCAGAUGGGUUUGAUUCCGAAUGUUGUGACUUACACUGCUCUGUCUGAUGGCCUCUGUAAACAGGGGGAGGUGGAGGCUGCAAAUGAGCUUUUGCAUGAGAUGUGUGCAAUGGGGCUAGAGUUGAAUUUGUGUACCUACAACUCACUAAUAAAUGGUCUUUGUAAAUCUGGUAAUAUUGAUCAGGCAGUGAAGACCAUGGUGGACAUGGAGGCAGCCGGAAUUAGUCCAGAUGCAUAUUCUUAUACUACUUUGAUGGAUGCUUAUUGUAAGGCCGGUGAGAUGGAUCGGGCCCACAGCCUCCUUCGGGAAAUGCUGGAUAAAGGUAUCCAACCAAGUGUUGUGACUUUUAAUGUUUUAAUGAAUGGGUUUUGUGCAUCCGGGAUGCUAGAAGAUGGAAAGAGGCUUCUGGGAUGGAUGGUGGAGAAGAAUAUUCUGCCAAAUGCCACAACCUACAAUUCUCUCAUGAAGCAAUACUGCAUUGACAAGAAUAUGAAAGCUACAACAGAAAUAUAUAGAGGAAUGGGCGCUCAGGGGGUGAUGCCUGAUGAGAACACAUACAAUAUUUUGAUCAGGGGACAUUGCAAGGCAAGAAACAUGAAGGAGGCAUGUUAUUUUCAUAGCGAGUUGGUGAAGAGGGGAUUUCAUCUUAGAGAUAGUUCCUAUAAUGCACUUAUCAAAGGACUUGUCAGGAAGAAGAGGUUGUUGGAAGCAAGGAAAUUGUUUGAAGAGAUGAGGGCAGUGGGUUUGGUUGCUGACAGGGAGAUAUACAAUAUCUUUAUUGAUCUGAACUAUGGUGAGGGAAAUGUGGAGCUGACUCUUGAACUCUGUGAUGAAGCAUUAGAGAAAUGGCAUGUUGAAUCUAAAACUAACGAAACUUCAAAACAUGGAUUAUAAUUUCUUGUGAUGAAAGGAGAAAUCUAUUGGUGGAGGAUCUUAGUGGGAAAGGAUUACUAGAAUCUCAUCACACCAUCAAAAUUAACAUUUAAAUGGCUGGACAGAAACACCCGAAUUUUUAAGGGCAGAAGAAUGCACCCGAGGAUAGUGGCAGGUAGGGCUUUACUUCAUGCAGCAGAGAUCACCGGCACUAUCGUUGUAUCGGGGCCUGGGUCGGCCAAGGACAUCUAGGGCUCCUAUUUAGCUUAUGUAGCGCCCAGGACCAUUCUGGUCUCUUGGGAGCCCCCACCUUCUGGUUUUCUCAAGGUUAACUUCGAUGGCAACUUCACUAGUGACGGAGAUAGAGGUGGAGUGGGCUUUGUGAUCAAGGAUCAUGAGUCCAAGCUUGUGGCUGCCAGGGGUCGACUCGUCUUCGAUAAGUCAGUCGGUGCUAUGGAGUUGAGAGCUGCAUGGGAGGGCAUCAUCUUUGCCUGACUGGCUCUAGGGGCGAAUUGUAUCCACCUUGAAGGUCAUGCGGCUUUGGUGAUCGAUUGGAUUCAGGAAAGUGUUGACAGGCACAGGCGUCUGGAUACGCACCCGCCCUUGCGGAACAUAUGUGAGAUUGUGGGAGGGCUUGCAGCGAUCCGGGCUACCCAUGUUUAUCAGGAGACGAACAAUGUGGCUGACUGGGUUGUAUCCUAUGCGGCACACCACUCAGGAGAAUGUCUUGGGAGAGACAAGAGUCUGCUCCCCCACCCUUGCAUCAACUUUUUUUUGAUUCUUAUGGUUGUACUCGUGCAUGUAUGACAUGAGUCACUGCUGUAUCAAAAAAAAAAAAAUGGAGAGUACAUAUGUGAGAACUAAUCACCAUUCUUUUCUAGUUUCAUUUGCUUUACCUUUAUGCUAUCCUAUUGGAUGACAAA